ACACCAUUUCCAAGUCUUUAACACCCUGCCACCUUCACUUUUCUUCAUAGCACUCAAAAACAACUCACCUCAUCGUUAUUCACUUUCUCUCACCACAUUCUAAACAGACAGUAGUAGCACCAUCAUCCCCAAUAAUGGCAUCAUCCCCAACCUUUGCUUUGAGAACCAUCUCCUCUUUCUCUGUGAAACCUGUUACCACCACAAGAUCAUCACUCACCACCUCAUCCACCACAACCCUCUUACCAUUUACUUCAACAAACUCAUCUCUCCCCAGAACUCUCAAACUCAACACCUCUUCCCCACAUCCUCACCUUUCACUACCCCACAAGUCUUUCACUUGUAGAAGCCAGGCUGAGCCAUCUUCUGAUUCAGCCAAAGUCCAAGAACUGAGUGUGUAUGAGAUCAAUGAGAGAGAUCGUGGAAGCCCUGCUUAUCUUAGAUUGAGCCAGAAAACUGUCAAUUCCCUUGGUGAUCUAGUCCCCUUCAGCAACAAGUUGUAUUCUGGAUGUUUGCAAAAGAGGGUGGGGAUAACUGCUGGAAUCUGUGUCUUGAUCCAAAACAAAGCCGAGAAGAAGGGAGAUAGGUAUGAGGCAAUCUACAGCUUCUACUUUGGGGACUACGGUCACAUUUCAGUGCAGGGUUCAUACCUGACCUAUGAGGACACUUAUCUUGCUGUGACUGGUGGAUCUGGCAUCUUUGAAGGGGCUUAUGGUCAGGUCAAGCUGCAUCAAAUUGUGUUCCCCUUUAAACUAUUCUACACAUUUUAUCUUAAGGGCAUCAAGGACUUGCCUCAGGAGCUUCUUUCCCAGCCUGUUGAGCCCAGCCCAGCUAUUGAGCCCAGCCCAUCUGCCAAGGCCUGUGAACCACAUGCUGUUAUUGCUGGCUUUACUGACUGAGGAACAAUGAGGAUCGACAUUUUUCUUUUGUUUCUUUUUUAAGGAAGAAACUCGGAUACAGUUUCUUAGGUGUUGUUCGUGUUGUUUUCUGGUUAGAAUUAGAGUUUUAUUUCGACAAUUUACAUAAUAAAAGUUUUCAUUAAAGGAUUAUUCGGAUUGCCGAAGUGAAUUGAAACUUCAUUUUGAUUGGAGAACAGCAGAAAUUAGAAAGUGGUAAGUUUUCUCCUGUUAUUUUUUUUUUUAAUUCUCUUCAUUGUUGACUUAGUUUGGAGACCCUUGCAACAAGUUCACAAUUUAACCACCUGUUACUUGUGUUGAAAUUUAUUUAUGUAGUAAAUGUGGGUCAAGAUGUCUCAGGUAGUAGAAGAGUUUUUUGUUGUUCAAUAAUGAAAGUGACAAGUGAGGUUGGGUUUUGUAGUGGUGGAGAGAUGGGAGUUUAUAGAAGCCAUUACUGUAUUUUAGUGGUGGUAGGCCACAUAUUCAAGAUAGUGUUGCACGAGCAAUUAUUGUUGAGCUUACUGAAUUACAUGGCUUAAUUUUAUGAAAGAUCUCGUGAAUUUUUUAGUU